CGACGGCGGAGUCGUGCGCGGGAAUCGUGGAUCGCGCCGCCUUCCCUCGCCUGCCGCGUUCCCGUCCAGCGCGGCCGCCGCCUCCUGCAGGAGCCUCGCCACGGGUCGGGGGCGACGCGGGCGGCGACUCGCCACCUCCUCCUCCUCCACCUCCUCCUCGGGAUGCGGAGCGGAGCCGCCUGACUCGGCAGACGUCGCCUCAAGAGCCCCCCAGGGGCAGCAGCGGCCGCCAUGGUGAAGUACUACGCCUGCCUGGGCAUCCUCAAGAGCUCCUGGGACCACGUGUUCGCCGCGUUCUGGCAGCGCUACCCCAACCCCUACAGCAAGCACGUGCUGACGGAGGAUGUUCUCUGGCGGGAGGUUACGGAGGACAAGAAGCUGUUGACGCGGCGGCUCCUCUCCAAGACGAACCGCCUGCCCAAGUGGGCUGAGCGGCUACUGCCGCUCCACGUCGCCCCGCGCCACGUCUACAUUCUGGAGGACUCUGUGAUGGACGCCGCCAACCAGAGGCUCAUCACCCUCACCAGGAACGUCAACCACACGCGCCUGAUGGUGGUGAAGGAGCGCUGUGAGUACACCAUCGACCCCGAGCAGCGGGGCUGGACGCAGAUCAAGCGGCAGGCCUGGAUCUGCUCCAGCGUCUAUGGAUUCUCCCGCCCCAUACAGGAAUUUGGCAUCGCAAGGUUCAAAAGCAACGUUUCCAAGGCAAUGAAGGGUUUUGAAUACAUCCUGACCAGCAUGCAAGCGUUGAGCUCCCGGCUUCCUCCGGCAGGUGACCCGCCGGCUCGCUCGCUCAAGGCCACGGCCAUGGAGGCCACGGAACGGGCCAAGGACCUGGCCUGCAAGGCCGCUGCCCCGCAGAAAGCGAAGCAGUUCCUGUGAGUGGCCGACCGCCGUCCCUCCGGCCGCGUCUUGCUCAACCCCAACGCACUUCAGGGCACAACGAUUGUCUUCGGUCUCCAAGCUUUCCCACUCGACGUGGCGUGCAUAGAGCUGCUGCUGCUGCCACUGCUGCUUCUGCUGUUCAACGGUGGAGUCGUGGGCAGCGACCUUGACUCUGUGGUGGUUUGUCUACGUUGUAGUCACAUCGUCUGUGUAGACCGACUUUAUUACUCGGCAGUCGUCUUUGUUAUUCAGCGUUUUGCCCUCAUGAGCGCAUUUCCUUUUUGUUUAAGUGGUAUUUAAAUGACCGAAUCUGUUCAAUUCCAGUGAUGUAUAUAUUCUAAAUAAAAUUAUAUGAAUUCCAGGGAAAUUACAGUGUAAUGGUACUGUAAAGAGUAAGUAUAUUACAUUUUGUACAUUUCCAUGCAAUUUGAUUUAAUUGCAGUAUAAAAUAAACGCAUACUUCGUGA